UGGCGUCCGACGGGAGCAUGAUUCCGGGUAGUGAUGCCCGCGAUCAGUUCCAGUCAUCCGAGCCGACGCACUGGGUUUCCACGGCGCCCACGGGCUCGGAAGAUGUAAUCACGCUCACCAAAGCACAGUUACAAAAGCUGCUCAGAGCACUGGAAACACAAGAGCCCUCUGAUACGAUAGCAACUGCCUCAGUGCCAACCAUCACGAACGGCCUUAGUAAACUGCCCAUCUCAGGAGAUGACUGCUUGCCAAACUGGGUGAAGCGUAACAGUAGAGAUCCCCGUGGCACUCAGCACUCCAAUGAGUCGUCUCUCGCUGGCUUUUCUCAGCGACUUUCAAACUCACAUCCUGAGCUCGGAACAGCAUCAAGCCGUCCUUUCUCCAAGCUGGCUCAGAAGCAGCGACAGUGGGAGAAGGAGAGAGCUGAAAUGCAGGAGUGGCAUCCUUGGGGGCGUCCAGGUGGGGGCGCACCGCGCUGCCAACCUGUAGCAGCUGUGCCACCACGCACUGAUGCCCAGGUUCUGAGAGUUCAAGCGACCACUGCCGCGUCUUCCACGGGGCCCUAUCCUUCGCGAGCACCAUCUCCACCAACUCUGCCGCACUUGCCGCCAAAUGGAGGAGGGGUGAGCCCUACGUUUGUUCGCAGGGUGCCCCCUUACCUUAGGAGUCAACUGCCAUUCGGGCCCACUUACGAUGUGCAGGAGGAUGAAAAGGACGAAGUGAAGAAGCAAUGGAUCCAAGAGCUUGAACACCAGCGAACAGAGAACCACCGUCGAGGCGUGGAGAACCGGCACGCAUCCCUGAGCAAUGGCUCCUGCUGGGCCGACAGCGAGUCUCUGGGGUCCGAAAAGUUGGUCAGGCCGGGGGAGGAUUGCUCAGAGAGUGUGUGGUCUGUUACACGAGGCCAAGGUUUCAGGCCUGGUACAGAUGCCAAGAUGUCAACGAGUGAUGAAAAGAGGAUCAGGGCACUGGAAUACCAGCGAGCUAUUCAGGCCCAAAUGCAAGAGAAACAGGAGCGGUUGCGUGCCGAGCGAGAAGCCAGGAUUCGGGAAGAGCGGGAGCAAGAACGUCGCCUGGAGGAAGAACGACGAAAGCUGGAGCUUGAGUACCAAGAAGAGCAACGUAAACUGAGAGAGAAAAAGGAACGAGAAGAGAAGGCACGUCUUCUGCUGAUAACCAAAAUGCAGCAGGCUGCGGAGGAGGCAGAAGCUCUACGAAAAGCCAGGCGAAGCCAGAGGUUUCACCACUUGUCGCAGCCAGAUCAAGGGGCGCAGCAACUUGGCAACUUUGACUCUGGUGGCUCAGUUGAUGCGGACUUUUCCACGUCUCUGGAGAGGAUAUCGUCAUCCAUGGCUGGAAUAUCAAACAUCGCCAGUGAAGAACAGACCGAUCUGUCAACACAGCAGAAUUUCUCGUCUGCGCAGAUGUCAUCCCAGGCUGCGCUCUCAGUGCCUCAGCUGCAAACUUCCGUGCCAACAACGAUGGCUCCCUCAGCCACAGUGCGUCCUCUGCGAGGCGAUCAUAGCAUUGCAGCGGGUAACAAAGUUCAACGAGAAAUGUGCAGCCAGACGGACGGCAGCCUCUCCUCCAUUUGCUCCAGCCGCUGUUCCCUGCUCUCGUCUGCGGGAACGGUGGAACUGAGCCCCUACAUCAAAAACAGGGUCCUGACGCCGACGAAAGUGCGCAUUGCCCAGCACGCCCUGCGAUUCCAGCAGCAGCGCUGUCGCGAGUUUGGCACCCAGACGGACAUAUCGCUGCCCUGUGGAUGGAACCACAGCAUCCUCUGUGACAACACAAUACAGCUGGCUCAGGAGUUUGAGACCAGGAGCUGUCUUAGGGAGUUUCCGCCUUACACGACCGGCGUUCGGAGACUCCAGCACACCCUGCCAAUGAAGGGAGUUCAUAGAAAGCCUGCCGCCUGUAUGCCAUCGGAGAACCUUCGUGAGCCAGCUACCACGCAGAGAGCUCCCGUGACUGUGAACAAAAGCAGGGUAUCGAGUGUGCUUCCCGCUGCUAUUGCCCGAAGCAGUGCCCAGAAGCUGCAGGAGCUGCAAAGGCAGCACUUCGAGCAGCAGUCCGGAGUGCGACGCCUGCGCGCGAUGUCCCAAUUUUCGUCGCAGGUCGUCGGUAGGGGUGGUGUCACUGAGAGGAACAGAGACAGAGAUCCAGUCAGAGUUGCUGGUCAGGCGCCUCUGCAUUUUGAAGAAGAAGCCUCACAGAACAGCACUCAGAGCGAAGAGGAAGACAGCACAAUUCACGACAGCGUCUCACGUCUGGCCCAAAGUCCUCCAGUCCCAGCACUCCGUGAUAAGAUUCUGCUGCCAUCACCACAGCGCUCUGAGAAAACCAAUGUCUCAAACUCGUCGAACGUUUCCUCGGAAGUUCCGGCGGUCACUCCCAGUAAAGCUUCAGCCACCCAGGGAAAAGUUCCGGAAACACCUCCGGCCUCGCGCAAGCGCUGGCGGAGACAGGAGGUGUACGUGCCAGCAGCAGCCGUUUGGGGCAACACGGUCACCGAAACUGAGCUCUACGCCGAACCGCAGCAGACUGAGGAACACUCCCACCCGGGACUUCCAACUCAAGGAAUUGUGGAGCGACAGAGAUCUGUAAGUGUCAGCGGUGCAAGACGCAACCAGUCGCCGUCACCAGACCGACGAGCUCAGCGCUCUUCUUCUCAGGAUCCAUUAGUUCAUCCUGAAUUGGUGACCAGCUGCCCAACACGGCGACAGGACAAGAUCCUGCAGCAGCUAUUUACACUCAGACAGGGACUGCUUAUCAAGCAACGGGAGAUGGAAAGCCACUUGGUAAAAGUGAAUCAAUGAUCGGUCCCGGGAUGCUCAUCGGCCUUCAUCUUCGUAGCAGUGUUGUUGUAGGUUUGCAUUCGUUGUAGCAGCAUGCUUUUCAUUCUGGCUUGUUUUUUCAUGGGUGCAAGCAUGCAUUGCAGCCUAGUACAAACUUUCGAUGUUCUGCUGUGAAAGCGUGUAGACGAUAGCGCUUUUAACAGAAAUGGGUACCACUGCCUUAACCUUACCUGAUAUGGUUCUACUGCUUUUAUCCUAGGACUGUCCCGUUAAACCUGAGCAAAGUGUAGCAACUGCAUUGUCGAUGUCGAAGAAUUUCCUUUUAAUGCCAUCAUGAAGAACUAACUUUCAUUAUGUCGCAUUGUUUUUCUCUACAUGACCUUUCAUGUAGUGCUUGUUACAUUGCAUGUCUAUUGCUACUUCACUCUUGUUUUAGAUAAGGUGGCCUCCUUGUGUUCAGUGUUUUUGGGGCUCUCAUUGUUUAUCACCUCCUAGUUAUUGUACGAGUUAGGUAUUUAUUGACCUUUGAUCACGUGUAAAGUUUUUUUGUUACGUGAAACAUUUAUGUCCUUGUACAUAUGCAUCUUUGCAAGCAGGUAUACCUUCGACAUCACAGUUUUACAUUGAUUGCUAGCGUGAAUCCUUAGCCUAAAGCCUCGCGGUCUGUCUAACAUGAAGUGACAUAAUAUAUAAUAAUGUUCUUCCAUCAAAAAAUGCCUUGUUCUGAUCCCUAAAACAUUGUAUGUCACACUUUUUAUAAUUUGAAGUGAUACAUCCAAUUCCUUCACGUCUCAAGUUUUCUUUUUAUGCCAAAGACAACCAUAUAAUUUUAUAAUUACCUUAGUUUCUCACUUAAUUGUGGGAUUUGUAUAUCUGUGUGCAAUCACGUUAACCAGGGCAAAUAGCGCCUGUGUGUCAGUAGUAGUUAAUAAUAGAAAAUUAGUAGCUAUCUCAUGUCAAGCAGAGGACCUGUGCCUGUUAAUUUCGCUUCUGAUAAAUUGACUCAGGUUAAGUGUGCCAUCUAUCUUUUUGUGUGUGCGCUUUAUAUGCCUACCUCUCCUUAUAACCAUUUGUGUGAAUGUGUUUAGUAGUAGGAUUGCGGCAUAUGAUACGAUAGCUUGGGAAUGCCAACAUUCUGUAAAUAAAAGGCAUGGACUAAUUUA